UGCAUCGAUCACGGAGCGUAAGUCUUUUAAUUGGGCUCCUGUCAUUUUUCGUACUGAAACUCUCCGUAUGAGGUUCAGGAAGUGCUUUCUGAUCCUACUAGGCUUUCUCUUUGCUUCCUCGUGUGCUGCUCUCUGUAUUUCACUAAGGUGACCGCAGCUGCCAAUCAAAAUUGUCGUUGGUCCGUGGUGCUAUAAGCAGCCCCCAGACACGAGGGUUGUGCAGGGCUGGUGGCGGAGGCAAAGGUUGUGUCUUCUGCAGGCUCAGCCCAGCCUGGUAGAGGUCAGGGCUGAACGGGAGAGGUGGCCUGGGGAGCGUGGGGUGCAGCUGCAGCCCCCACACAGGGCAGACUUGGGGCCUGUGCCACCCCAGCUCUGGAUAAUGAGCAACGUCUGACAUGGUGUAGCUUCUCUUAAAGCAUCAUCUGCGAGGACGCAGCCCCAUUGGCGUUCUAACAGAGCGCCCGUUAUAAGUCAAGAACGUAUUUUGCGUUUGAUGGCACUUUUGCUGUGUGCAAAACAGUAUGGAAGGAGGUUGUCUUUCCAGUCCCGGCAGAAGGCAUUUGACACUUCAGUGACAUUUUUACUACUCGGAGGGCUGAAGGCGGCUUGCCAUUUUAGAUUAACGGUUGUCUUAGGCUGUGAAGUGGGGAAGUUUCUCCAGUAUCAGCCCAGCAUCCAUAGAAAGAAAGGCGAGGCAAAAGGGGCUUGAAGAAUAAUACCUUUUAAUAUUAAAAGGAUCGAGUGUGUUUUCAAAAUGUAAAGAUGAAGUUUUAGCUGUGUUGGCGCAUAGAUGACUCUGGGUGAUAUGAAGUCAGUCUGACCUUUUCCCAGAGGGUUUCCAGUGUUAGGAACAGGGCAAUAUGGGGUGAUAACGACCCAACAGUCUGACUUAAAAGUACUCAUUGUUCUAAACUCCCUUAAAACCUGUCUUUUCAGGGAAGGCAGACAUGUUGCAGUGAAAAUAGCAAAGAAUUUUGAUUGGUCCUCCGAUGCGGCUCGUGAGGAAAUACAGGUGCUGGAAGAUUUAAAAGCAUCAGACCCCAGCAAUGCCUAGUAAGCACACAAAGCCAACCGUGAUGUGUUUUGGCUCGAAGACUUCUUCUAGUGUUCUUCUAGUGCACACAGUGUGUGUAUGAGCGCUGCACAACUCGCUGUUGCAAUGCAUGUGUUUUCCUGCUUUUGCAGUCACUGUGUCCAGAUGUUGGGAUGGUUUGAGCACCGUGGACACGUCUGCAUUGUUUUUGAGCUCCUGGGGCUCAGCACCUUUGACUUUAUGAGCGUCAAUGACUUCUUGCCGUUUAACCUGGACGACAUUAGACACAUGGCUUAUCAGAUCUGCACCUCUGUCAACUUUUUGCACAUGAAGAAGUUGACACAUACAGAUCUGAAGCCAGACAAUAUUGUCUUUGUGAAAUCUGACUACGUAGAAGAGUACAACCCCAAACUGGUAAGUUGCCAUCCUCUUCCCCACUCUCCUCCACCUCAGUCAUCCUCUGCGUUCAUCUGGUCACUUGCAUCCCACCACCUUUCAUUUCAGGAAUGCACUGAAUGCAGACUGAGAAAACCAGACAUCAGACUUGCGGACUUUGGGUGCGCCACUUACGAUCAUGAUUACCAUAACCCUGUGGUGACUACUAGACCUUACAGAGCUCCCGAGGUGGUCCUAGGUCAGUGGAAGGCUGUUUGUUUGACUGAUCUUUCAAGUAUGAGUUUUUGUGUGCUAUUGAAUGGAGCUAGAGAAGUUCUUGGUGUCUUGCUUGAGCUGUUGAACUGUUUGCCGUCUGCUCUAAACAUGAACAACCUGAAUCUUUUCACAGAGCUCGGAUGGUCCCAUCCAUGCGAUGUGUGGAGCAUAGGAUGUACUCUCCUGGAAUACUACCGUGGAGUCUUAGUAUUUGAGGUAGGCAACUCUAUCCCUCAGAAGCAUGCAGCAUGCCCAGCACUCCCCAACUUGAUGAACAUAAGCUACGGAGAGGUGGGGACUAAAGGCAAUGGUCUGUGCGAGAAAGUAAGCUGCAUUCCUCUGUGGUGCCAAGUUGAAGAGAACAGAAGAUGUAGGCCAUAAGGAACGUUCUCAGCGGCAGAUUUUGACAAGUUACUUUCAGUAGACGUUUUGGCAGCGUCUUGAAAUGAAGGGUCGCCCUGUUAACUUUUGGCAUUUACAAGGCACCUUAAUACCAGAUGUGGCUUCAUCUAUCACCAUCAGCAAAUACUACUCAAAGGAUUGAAUCCUGUCCUCUUGACAGUAUUGCUGAAACGGAACUUGAAGAAGAGAGGAAGAAAAAACACCAAGGCAAGAUCAAGGGGAAUGAAAUCCAGUAGCUUCUAACUUCUUUCAGGAAACAGAGAACUCGAGCCUCUCAUUUUUUUGUCGAUCAGUUUCAGGUUAUUGUUUGCAGGGUACAGUCAAAAAUGAAGUCAGGCUGGUGUGUGCUUCUUGAUAACUUCCUCUGAACAAGGAACGAAAAACGUCUCUCUUGACUUCCUUGCAGCCCGAUGACAACAUAGAACACCUGGCAAUGAUGGAGCGAUUACUGGGGCCUUUGCCAGAUCAAAUGAUAAAGAGAGUUGUUUCUUCAAAG